UAAUCCGCUGACGUCACCAUUCGGGAAAAUUCCAAACGGCUCCUUUGGAUGAAGUAUGAGGAAAGGCUAUAACCCCACUUCGUGUUGGCGCCAUCAUUAUUAGACGCCUAUUCCAGCUGACUAUGUGCGAGAGGCAGGUUCUCACCCCUGAAAGGCCCUGAAGGCGUCGCCGUUCAUUCAUAUAGUGAUAAGAGAACCAUCUCAACGCGCAUGCGCUCCACCCAUGCGCACUAGUUAAAAGGUUACCACAGGCUGUUUUCAGAGCUCCGCUUGACAAAAAAGGUACUUUUCAUCUUUGAUGAGUCGAAUUUACUCAACGAAAUACCAUGUGACACCCCUUAAUUACAAAUGUAACCUCAUUUGUACAGCUCCCCAAGAACAUGGCUACGUUUAGCGUCGUUCUAGGGCGCACUGGCUGGAGAGUGACACAGAAAGGGCUUCCAGCUAUCUCAGUACCACAAUGUUUUAAUGGCAGAAUAUGUCGGUGCCGUCAAGUCGUUAAUAUAAGGCGAAUGUUCAGCUCUCAACCACACAACUCCAAGGUGCCAGCAGCUGCAACCUGGAAGCCAAUCCAAGAGGAGCAGCUUCCGCCGCCGACACGAGUACCAGCCGACCUGGUGGACAAACUUGAGCGUCUGGCCUUGGUCGACUUCCGGAAUAAAGAGGGUGUGGCCUGUUUGGAAAGAGCCAUCCGCUUUGCAGAUCAACUUCAUGUUGUGGACACGUCUGGAGUCAAGCCCAUGGAUUCGGUUCUGGAGGACAGAGUUUUAUACCUGAGGCAUGAUGCAGUGACGGAAGGCAACCACGCAGAAAAACUUCUGCAUCUCUCCAAAAACACAGUAGAGGAAUAUUACAUGGCACCACCAGGAAAUAUUCCGUUACCAAAGAGAGAAGAGCGGGUCGCCAUGUUGCAACACUCUGAAUUCUGACAUCUUGGACUUUUGUUUGUUUUGUGAAGCUUAUUCUGGUUGGACUGGAGUCUAUCCCAGCUGACUUUGGGCAAGGGUCAUGGUGCAAAUCAAUGACAGGACACACGUAAACAAACAUUUACCUUCCUACUCACACCUGUGGACAAUUUAGAGUCUACUAUUACCCUAACAUGCAGGAUGUGGGAGAAAAUUGGAGUUCGCGGAACAACCCACACAAACACGGAGAGAUUUCACAUCCUUGUCUGUGCAGGAUGUUUUAUUUUUUUGUGUAAACCAUUUAUCUUGCAGUAGAGUUUCAAUAGAAACAGUAAAUGAGUAGAGUGCACCAAGAAAAACAUUCAAACGUCUUUCACUUUUUAAAAAUAUCUGUUCUUGGUCAUUUAGUUGAAAAUAUAUUUGAAGGGUUCUUGUA